GGCGCGCGGCGGCGGCUCCGGUCCCGGCCCCGGCCCGGGCGGCAGCGGCGGCAUCGCGGAGCGGUCGGUCGGUCGGUCGGUCGGUCCAUCCGUGGGCUCAUCGCAUCCUCUCCGGGCCCCUUUAACCGAGCAGCGAUGUGAGCCCCGGGGUGCCGCCAUGGCCGCGCUGCCCGGGUGGACCUGGCACCGCCCCGCAGCCCGCGGGGCGCCCGGGCCGGAGGAGGAGCCGACGGACCCCCCUGCGCCGCCCGCCGCCCGCCGCCGAUGAGAGCCCCCGCACAGGUGCUCGCGGGACGCCGGCGAUCGCUGUGCGCUGAGGCUGGCACAGAGACAUGAGUGGCAGCACGAGCCAGCGCGCCGCCGCCCUGGGGGUCCUCUUUGCCCUGAUCAUGUUGCUGAUCAUCUACAGCUCUGGCAGCGGGAACGAGGGCUUCCCCUACAGCCACCUGCGGGGCAGAGCCCGCCGGCCCCCUGACCUCAAGAAGUGGGGGGUGAAAAGCGGGUACCUGCCCGUCUGUGGGAACAAGACCCUGACCGCCCGCUGCCACCAGUGCGUCAUCGUCACCAGCUCCAGCCACCUCCUGGGCACCCGCCUGGGCACGGCCAUCGACGGGGCCGAGUGCACGAUCCGCAUGAACGACGCUCCCACCACUGGCUACGACGCUGACGUGGGCAACAAGACCACCUUCCGUGUGGUGGCCCACUCCAGCCUCUACCGUGUCCUCAAACGGCCCCAGGAGUUCGUCAACAAGACCCCAGAGACCAUCUUCAUCUUCUGGGGACCACCCGCCAAGAUGCAGAAGAGCCUCCUGAAGAUCAUCCAGCGCGUCAGUGCCUCCUUCCCCAACAUGACAGCCUAUGUGGUCUCCCCCAGCCGCAUGAAGCAGUUUGAUGACCUGUUUCGGGGCGAGACGGGGAAGGACAGGGAGAAGUCACGCUCGUGGCUCAGCACCGGCUGGUUCACCAUGGUGAUCGCGGUGGAGCUGUGCGACGCCGUCCAUGUCUAUGGGAUGGUGCCACCAAACUACUGCGGCCGCCGGCCUCCCCCCCGCCGCCUGCCCUACCACUACUACGAGCCGAAGGGCCCCGACGAGUGCACGACCUACAUCCAUAACGAGCGGAGCCGCAGGGGCAACCACCACCGCUUCAUCACCGAGAAGAGGGUCUUUGCCAGCUGGGCCAGCCUCUACAACAUCACCUUCUCCCACCCCACCUGGCCCUAGGGGCAGACCCCCGGAGCUGGGGAGGAUGGGGAGUCCCCUGCAUGCCCCGGGGAGCAGGAGGGGACGGGCAUCUGGGUGCCUGCCGUGGGACCACUACCUUCAUGUGUGGUGGCUCCUUGAACCUGGGGUGUCUUGCGUUUUGAGGUGUGUUUUGGGGGGGUGAGUGCAGCGUUUGGAGUGCCCCUGCCCUGUGGGCAGAAGUGUAGGGGGAGAUCCCACCUGAUGCUGCUCCAGGCGCAUUGCAGCCCCUGUGAGUGCAUGGGUGAGGGGGUGCUGGGUCCCCUUGGCUCAGUUUGGGGUUGCAUCACUUUUGGGGCCACCGCAGAGGCUGUUUUCCCCAACCCCCUGGGUGUGGGGCACUCUCUCGGGGCUCAGCUCCCCUCUGCCAUCCUAGCACCCCAAUCCUGGCCCACAGCCAUCCUUCCCUCAGCAGGACCCUAGAGUUUUUGGUGGAACCCUACAGGGGUAACGCUGCACCCCAAAACCACCGCUGUGCCCCACACCCACACUGCCAAAACCUUUUCUAACCAAGCAAUGGAAUUUUGGGGGGGCUUUUGGGUUUUUUCCUCCCUGCUUGUGGUCUUGGGUUUGUACUUGGGUGUCUGAGGCCAAAGGAGCAGAGGCUGAUCAUUAGUGGUAACGAAAGGGCCACAGCAGCCUGUGUCUGAGUCCUCAUAAUUUAUUAAUUGCUUAUAAACUAUUUAAGAGGGCACAUAGUAGGGGAACAAGCGCUGCCCCUCAGCACCCUGCAGCCCAGGGAGGGGGUUUUGUUACUAAUUUCUCAGCCGUGGAGAAAGGGGUUUGGGGAAAACAGCUAAAUACCGUGUGUUUGGGUGCUGAGCCCUAGCAGAGCCCCCUCCGUGCCUCAGUUUCCCUCUCGUGGCUGGGGUUUUAGGGGGACUGUGUGCCGGGUCGGGCCGCAGAGCACCCGUGUUUUGUAAUGGUUUGUACAGGAAUAAAUCUUGCUGCAGUCUGUUGCCUUGG